CUUGACAUGGUAACUGAAAGGUGGUACCCGCAUCAGCAGAAACCUGAGUUCAACUACGUGUUCAACCCUUAUGACAACUGGCCAACACUGGGUGAAGUUUGCAAGACUAAGUUGUUUAAGGUGGAGCUGAGUAGGUCUAGCUCUUGCUCUGACAGGCCUCUUGUUUGCAUCAAGGUAUUGGAUUUGAGGAUUUCUAAACCAGGAGGACCUGAAAAUGUCGACUCUCAUGGAUUUCAACCACUUGAAGUUCUAAAUGAUAAGAUGAAUGCAGUGGAAUACCUUUAUUUCAAAGAGGCAUCUGUUCUUCCUUUGGACAAUGUGCAUGGUGACUUGUUUUGUCUCUUUUUCCUUUAUUAUGACAUGAAAAUGUCCCUUACCCUCCAGCUCUACAACUUCAGAUUGUUGAUCAACGAAUCCCCUCUCUAUGGCUGCAAAAUCUUGUCUACAACAUUAUACCAAGACUUUGCUCCACAAGGAUUUGUCCCUCAACUCCUUAUGACGUCAGGCGGCUAUAUGAUCUGUAACUAUGACAUUCUGUAAAGGCCGGCUCGACCACAUUAUUAUGAGCCUUGGGAGAUCGCUCAUAUUGGGAUUGGUUGUUGGUUUGACAGCCUGGUGCUGAGGAUGAGGUUAAGUGUUCUAGAGUACUAUGCCGCAGCUUGGAGGAGGAUUGGUGAUCUCAUGGACGCUUAUUUUCCAUGUUGCUGUCUAUCUAUCCUUCUCUCAUGUGUCUUCAACUGCCCUUGUUGUGAAAGAAACUGUUCCCUGGGUUGACUUCCCUCUAUUAACAUCUCUUGUCUGAAAUAUGUUGAACGUAUCUGGAUUCCCUUCUGCUUUUCCUUCACUUUUCCUAUGGCCGAUGAUGUUGAUGUUAACUCUUA